CGCGAAUCAACGUCACUUCUCUCGCCUUCCAUGCCGCUUCCCAAAUGGUCCGAUGCUACAGCCCUAAUCUCGACGCUGCAUCCACUUUUGAGACUGAAACUGAGCACACCGCCGCCCCAGAGACCCGCCUAACUAGGAGCACUUGACGUCUGCAGCCAGGAUGACGGACUCGCCCACGGUGCGCAUUCCGCUGGACCCGCAGGAGCAGCCGAUGCUGGACAAACUACUCGCUAUUCGAACAAAGCUCGAGCUGCUCAAGCAGGACAAAUCGACCUAUGUCAAGAGCCAGGAUGUCAUCGAACUGUACGACCAAGUCGUCGAGCAGGUCGAGGUCUUGAACCAGAUACGGACGACGAAACGCCUUGAGCAGAACAGAGUGGACACGGUGCUGGACGACUGUUUUCAGCUCAUCUCACUCGCCUACAUGACCAUAGGCAAGAAUCAUGAAGCCCCAGCAGUGUACUCGUUCGUAUCAACAACCAAGCGUCUGCUCGAUCAUCUCGAAGAGGCCCAUUUCUACUCCCCAAAAGAUCUCGAAUCCAUCGGCGCCGAACUGAAAUCCUGUCGGCGCUACCUUGAGCGAGGCAAAGACUCCUACAGCCCUCAGCUCUUAACUCUACUGAAUGCACGAAUCGGAGUUUGCGAAGAGAUCCUUGGACGGCUUGAGCUUAACCUGUCCCACCUGACGCCCGACCUCACGCCGAAAUACGACAAACUGGUCUCUAUUCUCAGGUCGCUUGCUGGCUGCAAUACACGGUCGAAAUUCCCCAAUGAAGAGGUGGACGACUACUUGGAGCAGCUAAAAGAGCUUCAGGAAGAGCUGCGACCGUACGGCAUUCACGCAUAUGAGACUACCGGCUCGAGGGAGGAGAAGAUUGCCGAGAUGGCGGAAAAACUCCAGAUAUCAAUGGCACAUCCAGAGCCAGCGCCGGAAGCGAAGGAGCUCAUCGAAACUCUCCUGCGUCGAAACUUCCUUUGGGUGGCUUUAAUCAAGGAGAAGCAAGGCAGGAUCGCGCCCGCUUUCCAGGAUACGUACGACAAGCUGCUGACAAUCCGCAACAAGCUGGAAAAGCUGUCUCUCACACAGGCAUGGUCAUUGCGCGAGACAGACCUCUGGAACUUCCAACGGCAGCUUGACCGCAUUGACGAAGCCCGAGUGGAUGGCAACUUUUUCGAUGCUCUAGGGAGGCCAGCAGAGCUGUACGAACAGAGGACAUUGCUGUACCUGUUGCGAAAGAGCUACUCACUCAUUUACCACCUCAUCGUUUCGUCGGAGCCUGUGUCGGAAGCGCUUUUGCCCAUAUAUAACCAAUUGACGACGCUGCGGAAAUGCCUUCAGGAAGUCAAGAAGUUGGGCGGCGUAUCAUCUCCAAGGGAGCUGUACCCUUACAGCAUGAAGCUCAAUUCGAUCGACAACAUGCGUAUAGACGGCAAGUUUAUGGUUGGCAACGAGAUCCCCGACGGACAGGGCAGCGUGACGCAGCUGCUUGAAGAGUGCUUCGAGCUUGCAUACGAACUACGCACUGACGUAGAGGAUAGCAGCUCAGCAGACCAGACGCCGGCUAGCGAGAGUGGCACCGAACCGCUGGCUGCAUGAAUAUCUGUUCGUUAGUUUUCCUGUGGCGGUCAUUUCCAAAUUGAGUUUUAGCACUGGGAUGCAUUGCGAGGGAAAUUGGGCAGGUAUCGGUCGUUCCCGCUCAGUUUCGGUGGUUUCGUUUCCUUGGUGGCUGUCUGAUGUGUACCUCCUUCCAUUCGAUUCGCUGUAUCUAUACCUGCGUCUAGCUUUUAAUCCAGCUGUAUCUGGUUCAGCUGCGCCAUCUCCUCAUCAGGUCGUGGAGGAGCUGGAC